GCGUGUUUACGUCGGCCUCCAGCGCCCUCCUCCGGCUCCCGCAGAAGCCCAGUGACCACCCCGCGGGCCGCCUGGCGUGCGGUCGCCGCAGCCGCUGCUCCUCCGUGAGGGACUUCGCCCCGAGACCGCUGACGGUCUGCGAAUGACAGGCCAGAAGUCAGGGGUGCAGAGUCAGCCGGACUCCUCUGCUCCUUGGCCGCAGGGGGAGGGAGCAGAGGAUGAAAGAUUCUGAAAAUAAAGGUGCCUCAUCUCCAGACAUGGAGCCCAGCUAUGGGGGAGGUCUCUUUGACAUGGUAAAAGGAGGUGCCGGAAGACUUUUUAGUAACCUGAAGGACAACUUGAAAGACACCCUCAAAGACACAUCUUCUAGAGUGAUACAAUCUGUUAGCAGCUACACAAAGGGAGAUUUAGACUUCACUUAUGUUACCUCCAGAAUUAUUGUGAUGUCCUUUCCUCUGGACAAUGUUGACAUAGGAUUCAGGAAUCAGGUUGAUGACAUUCGAAGCUUUCUGGAUUCCAGACAUCUUGACCACUACACAGUGUACAACCUGUCACCCAAGUCUUAUCGGACUGCCAAGUUUCAUAGCCGGGUCUCAGAAUGCAGCUGGCCCAUCAGGCAGGCCCCCAGUCUGCACAACCUAUUUGCCGUAUGUCGGAAUAUGUAUAACUGGCUACUACAGAAUCCCAAAAACGUCUGCGUUGUCCACUGCUUGGAUGGACGGGCGGCAUCGUCAAUUCUGGUUGGUGCUAUGUUCAUUUUCUGUAAUCUCUACUCCACUCCUGGCCCGGCUGUUCGACUGCUAUAUGCAAAACGACCAGGAAUUGGACUUUCACCAUCCCACAGGAGAUACCUGGGCUACAUGUGUGACCUGCUGGCAGACAAGCCCUACCGCCCUCACUUCAAGCCUCUCACAAUUAAGUCGAUCACUGUCAGCCCUAUCCCCUUUUUUAACAAACAGAGAAAUGGAUGUCGCCCUUACUGUGAUGUACUGAUUGGAGAAACCAAAAUAUAUACCACGUGCACAGAUUUUGAACGAAUGAAAGAAUAUCGUGUCCAAGAUGGAAAAAUCUUCAUUCCUUUGAACAUCACCGUGCAAGGAGAUGUGGUUGUGUCCAUGUAUCACCUGAGGUCAACCAUUGGGAGCCGGCUGCAGGCCAAGGUGACCAACACGCAGAUAUUCCAGCUUCAGUUUCAUACUGGAUUCAUACCACUGGACACAACAGUCUUAAAGUUCACCAAGCCUGAGUUAGACGCGUGCGACGUACCAGAAAAAUAUCCUCAGCUAUUUCAGGUGACACUGGAUGUGGAGUUACAGCCCCAUGACAAAGUAGUGGACUUAACACCUCCGUGGGAGCAUUACUGCACAAAAGAUGUCAAUCCCAGCAUCCUCUUCUCCUCUCACCAGGAACAUCAAGAUACAUUGGCCCUAGGAGGACAGGCUCAAGGAGAUAUCCCUCCAGACAACCCCAGGCACGCUGGACAAGGCGGCUUCUUUGCCUCUCUCUGUUGGCAAGAUCAGAAAUCAGAGAAGUCAUUCUGUGAAGAGGAUCACGCUGCCCUGGUGAAUCAGGAAAGUGAGCAAUCAGAUGAUGAACUUCUGACUCUUUCCAGUCCACAUGCUAAUGCCAACGGUGACCGGCAUCAUGGGGCCAAGAAGCCCAGCAAAAAGCUGCAGGAGCCAGCUGCCCCCCCGCCCCCUGAGGACGUGGACCUUCUGGGCCUGGAAGGGUCGGCAGUGAGUAAGAGCUUCUCUCCGCCAGCAGCGCCCCCCACCAACUCCGAGCUCCUGAGUGACCUGUUUGGGGGUGGCGGUGCGGCUGGCCCUGCCCAGGCCGGACAGUCAGGCGUGGAUGACGUGUUUCAUGCUGGUGGACCUGCGUCUGCCCAGUCAACACCACGCCGGUCUGCCACCUCCGCCUCGGCAUCUCCGACCCUGAGAGCAGGAGAAGCUGCCACUUUUGACCCAUUUGGAGCACCUUCUAAGCUAUCAGGGCAGGAUUUGCUGGGUUCUUUUCUGAGUACAUCCAAUGCGUCCAGUGACCCCUUUCUCCAACCUACAAGAAGUCCUUCACCCACAGUGCACGCUUCUAGUACCCCUGCUGUGAACAUUCAGCCAGAUGUUUCGGGAGGUUGGGACUGGCAUUCUAAACCAGGAGGCUUUGGAAUGGGAAGCAAGUCAGCUGCCACCAGUCCAACAGGGUCCUCGCAUGGUACUCCCACCCAUCAAAGCAAACCCCAGACUCUGGAUCCUUUUGCUGACCUUGGGACGCUAGGCAGUUCUUCAUUCGCCAGCAAACCGACCACACCAACCGGGCUGGGCGGAGGAUUUCCACCUCUCAGCUCGCCGCAGAAAGCGUCUCCCCAGCCUAUGGGUGGAGGGUGGCAGCAGGGAGGUGGCUACAGCUGGCAGCAGCCACAGCCAAAGUCGCAGCCCGGCCUGCCGCACUCGUCUCCCCAGAACAGACCCAACUACAACGUGAGCUUCUCGGCCGUGCCCGGGGGCCAGAACGAACGGGCAAAGGGCUCCGCGAAUUUGGAAGGGAAACAAAAAGCGGCUGACUUUGAAGACCUACUCUCUGGUCAAGGUUUCAAUGCUCACAAAGACAAAAAGGGGCCUCGGACAAUAGCUGAGAUGAGGAAGGAGGAAAUGGCCAAGGAAAUGGAUCCUGAGAAAUUAAAGAUUCUGGAAUGGAUCGAAGGCAAAGAAAGAAAUAUCAGAGCCCUUCUUUCCACGAUGCACACCGUGCUGUGGGCUGGAGAGACCAAGUGGAAACCAGUUGGCAUGGCGGACCUUGUGACACCAGAACAGGUGAAGAAGGUGUACCGGAAGGCUGUCCUGGUGGUACACCCAGACAAGGCCACGGGGCAACCCUAUGAACAGUAUGCAAAAAUGAUUUUCAUGGAGCUAAAUGAUGCCUGGUCUGAAUUUGAAAACCAAGGCCAAAAGCCCUUAUAUUAGUUUAUGAGCUUUUCUGUCUCUGCUGCAGACCUGUGCUAAUGCUUAGUGUGUCACAAUUCUGAGGUUUUCACAGAUGAACCAAAAACUCCAGUAACAUGUUUCUAAGACUGAACUGUUAAAUUACUUGUGAAUUAAUUUCUCAUUGAAAAGGAACAUGGUUGUUUGGUUUCUCCAAGUCCCCAUCAUAAAAGAUCUAAAGCGUGAGAGGAACUUUUAGCUGGAUGACCCUACAGAGAGACAACAUUCCAUCCUGACCUUUGGGGAGCCCACUCAGCAUUUUGCCUGGGGGGAAAUAGCAAAUGGAGGCCACCACCCAUGAAAGCAUAACACCCAUCACGUUGCCCGAGAACAGAAUUAGUGAGCACACAUUAUAAUAAUUGAAUGAAAUGAUGGCUUAAAAUAAUGGUUUCUAGAUUUUCUUAGAAAGAUAUAAUUUGAGCAAUGGCUUUAUGCAGAUUCCAGGAACACACCCAUCAGGUACUUUUUUUUUUUUAGUGGAAAUUUACUAAGGCCUUCAGCAUAAUACUGUUUACAUCUUUUGGUCAAGAGGACUAACACAUACAAAGGAACUUAAAUGGCAGGAACUGAUUAUUCUUCAGUAGAGUGAUUACCACCAACUCCUGAAUAGGCUAAAAAUUAGUGAAAAUGCUGCCUGAAGAAGAUAGGGACUGUGAAGAUGCAGCAUCUCUAUUUCUGGUCAGGGUGUCAGGUUAUUGCCUUCCUUUCCCCUUGGAACACCACGGUUGUUUAAAGAAAAUGUCUUAAUCCCGUAACAACAACUCACUCCAAACCUGAUUUGAGAGAAACUUCUAACUUUGCCAUAAGGCUUAAUGCUCUUCCUUUUGUUUAGCCAAGAAAUAUUCUUAGCUGGAAACAUUCCAAAGCAGUUGGACCCAUUCCCAAUUUGUCAGGACCGAUUCUAGAAUGGGCUCAGGGUUCUCUAGGAUUGUGAGCGGUUGUGGGAAGAGAACAAAGAGGGCAACACUGAAAGUCACAAGAAGGGUGCCAUUGCAGUGAGAGCCCUGCCCCACUUCAGAUCCAGCCUGGUGGGUGUCAGCAUCUGUUUUGAGGGACCAGGUCCCAUCUCCCCACAUGGCGAAUCUAGACCUCUUGGUUUAUGACAAUGGGGUUUAUUGAUUUAGAGUAGUUGGGGAUCCACAGGAACAGAAUUCAUACAGGGACAUUUGUGACAGUAAAGCAAGAAGGAAACUCUUCCAGACCUCAGACUGGCUCGAUUUCAGAUCAGUGUUCUGGCUGAUUCUCAUGCUGAGGGGUUAGCAGUUUACUAUCCUGUGACUUUAGUAGAUCUUGUUUGGCAUGCACAUACACAUUGUGCAUAAUAUAUAUAUGCAAAGCAGCUGGGCAAACUUAUUUUCAUGCUAAUCUUAAAAGGUUCACGCUCCAUAUUGUGAAAAGCUUUUUAAAAGUUCUUUUAAAAAGACAAUCAUUUUUUUGUUUGUUUCUGUAUUAAUUUUCUUGUGACAAACUCUACCAGAAAAGCAGCAUGUCAAAAAUAAUUUCGGUUCUCUAUAGAGCUCUCUUUUUGGUUAUAAAGGUUCACUAUUUAUUUUACCUUUACUGACAAUGUGAAACUUGCAGAAAAUGUUCUCUUUUUAAAUAUACAGUCAUAAGCUGUUCAAGGUAACCGUAACGAACUAAGUGUUAUUUAUUAACGUAUUAUAAAAUAAUGUUUGAUCCAGUAUGUGCUUGUCUUACUUAAAAUUGGAAUGUGAGACAUGUUGCUGUGACCUUUUUUUUCUCAUUUGCAUUUGUAGAUAUCGUGUGAACUACAGUAUAUAAUGAUAACAAUUAAAAGGAUAUUCUGUGGAUGUCACGUCCAUUUUGAAAUGAUAGAACUAUACUAGCUUUGUAUCAUGUUUGGAUAAUUCACCCAUGUUCACAACCUAAAACAUCAUUAAACAUUAUGUAAUUAGCAAUGGGAAAGAAUCUUACUUAACUUAAAUUUGGGGAUUUCUCCCACACCUCUUUUCCGGAUACAUUAUAAUUCUGGACCCCAGUUUAUCUCAAAACUCUUAAUACAUGCAGACCAAAAGCUUUCUGCAUUCCUUUUAAAUAUUUGGUUGUGACAGAGCUUGUUGUUGAUCAGGUUCACUGUUUCAUUCAUAUUUAUUGUAAUAUAUUUUUUUGUUUUGUAAAUAUGUUACACACAACAAAAAUGUGACUGGUCUAAGAUAUUUGUAAUGUAUAUUAAAAGGCUCAAAAAUA